GGAGGAGGAGGACUCAGGGUCAUGAGAAGAAGAAGAAGAAGAAGAAGAAGGAGAAGCUGCAGGUUGUUGUUCUCUCUCUCAACUCUCUUCCUCUGUCGGUUGAAUCCACACGAAGCGGAUCAGAGGAAUGUAGCAGGGGCUCGAACCCCCGGUGCUUCUUCAUGAUGGAGGAACCUGCGACCAGAGAGCUGGACAUGUCGCUGUCAGACGGAGCCUCAGACGAUGAGCUGCCCAUGACGCUGCCCACAGAGGGCAGCGUCCGGAAGGGAUGCGACCCCUUCGCCCAGACCCAGCGCAGCAAGCUGCAGCACAGACGAGCUCGCAUCAACCAGCAGAUCAACAAGGAGAUGCGCAUGAGAGCAGGAGCAGAGAACCUGUUCAGGGCGACGACCAACAACAAGGUGAGGGAGACCGUGGCUAUGGAGCUCAGCUUCGUCAACUCCAACCUGCAGCUGCUGAAGGAGGAACUGGAGGAGCUGAACAGCAACAUGGAGGCGUACCAGACCGACAGUGAGGCUGUCAACGUUCCCAUGAUCCCUCUCGGCCUGAAGGAAACCAAAGAGGUGGACUUCACACUCUCCAUCCAGGACUUCAUCUGCGAGCACUACGGAGAGGACAGCUCUCUGUACGAGCAGGAGAUCAGAGAGCUUAUGGAGCUCAGACAGGCCAUGCGGACUCCCAGUCGGAACCAGGCCGGUCUGGAGCUGCUGAUGGAGUACUACAACCAGCUGUUCUACCUGGACCAGCGCUUCUUUCCUCCACUCAGGAACCUGGGCGUCCACUUCCACUGGUACGACUCUCUGACCGGCGUCCCGUCCUGUCAGCGGGCGCUGGCCUUCGAGAAAGGAAGCGUGUUGUUCAACAUCGGAGCCUUGUUCACGCAGAUCGGAGCGCGGCAGGACCGCUCUGCAGCCGCCGGGAUAGACCGGGCCAUCGAUGCCUUCCAGAGAGCCGCAGGUGCAUUUAAUUACCUGAAGGAGAAUUUCUCCAACGCUCCGAGUCUGGACAUGAGUGGCCCGUCGCUUUGCAUGCUGGUCCGGCUGAUGGUCGCCCAGGUGCAGGAGUGCAUCUUUGAGCGCGUCACGCUCACGACCCGGGACGCACACUUCACCUCCCAGCUCCGCCUGGCACAGGAGGCUGCACGGGUGUCGGACGUCUACUUGUUGGUGCAGCAGACCAUGACGCAGCCUCUGAUGAAGGACUACGUGCCUUUUUCCUGGGCGUCCAUGGUUCAGGUCAAAUCUGAACACUUCCGCGCUCUCUCACACUACUACACUGCUGUCGCGCUCUGUGACCACAUGUCGUCUGCUGAGGAAGAGGAGGAAGAGGAGGAAGAGGAGGAAGAGGAGAGGCAGCAGGAGGAAGCAGAGACGGCUUUCCUCCAGUUCUACGUCAGCGCUCCUGUCGGACCUUCACUCAGCCUCAUUCUACGAGACCCUGAAAAGAGACGGAAGCUCGGUAAAGCUCACCUGCGGCGUGCAGUGAUCCGACACGAGGAGGCCAUGCGUGUCCACGGCCUGUGUAAGAUCCUGAGGAAGAUGGACAUCCUGCAGGACGUGUUGUCCCUCACUCACAAACGCUCUUUGGACAAAUACUCGGAGCUGGACCGAGAGGACGACUUUGACGAAACCGCAGAGGCUCCAGAGAUACAGUCUCAAACCCACCAGAAACCAGACAUCACUCCCACCGACUUCUCUACAGUCCAAGUGACGGACAUCUUUCAGAGACUGGGGCCUCUGUCGGUGUUCUGUGCUCGGGCUCGUUGGGGCCCGGUGCGACUCGUCCUCCUGCAGAGGAGAGAGGGCGGGCUGGGCCUCACGCUGAGAGGAGACUCCCCCGUCCUGGUGGCAGGCGUGGUGCCCGGAGGCUGUGCAGCGGAGGCCGGGCUGAGGGAAGGAGACUACAUCGUGGCGGUGGACGGUGACGACUGUAAAUGGGCCAAACACAGCGAGGUGGUCCACAUGCUGAAGAGCUGCAGCGACAGGAGGGUGGAGCUCAGCGUGGUCACGCUACACUCACAUGACACACAGCAGGUGGAGAGGAGGGCCGUCAUGCUGUCCCACGGCAGCGACAAAGAAAACGCCCGGCAGCGUCUGCUGGGCGGGGCUAAGGGCCAGAGCUCCGCCUCCCUAUUGAACUGGAACAGGAAGAAGAAGAGCGAUGGCGACGGCGUCUCCAAGAGACUGGGAAGCACUUUCAGUUUGUCGUUCGGCAGCAUCAGGGACACAGAGGCCAUGUACUGAGACGUGAGGCGGAGGAUCCACUCAGGGAGUCACAGCAGCGGAGCACAUGGUACGAAGGAGGCGGAGCUUAGGGGCCUGCACCACAUGCACCAGCUCCUCGGGGGGAGGAGCCGGAGCAGGAGCAGUUUCCUGUCGCCUCACACUUUGCUGUAGCACAGGUUGAUGCAUCUGGCAUGUCGGCCGAUCAAACACACGGAUGAUGGAUACGUACCAGGUAGAGAACCAUGUAGCAUGUAGCAUCGUGCUAAUCACUGUGCAGCACUGAUGUGUUCCAAGCAGGACUGAACACGAGUGGGCGUGGCUGACUUCACGUCCCCCCCCUCCUCCUCUGCUUCCAGCUCAGUUCUGUGCUUUUGUCAGUUUGAGAUCUGAUUGAACCUGUGACGUGUUCACAGCAGUCGACUCUGGUCUCUGAGUGAGAACUUGAUGAUGAGAGGGAAGAGUUCAGUUUCUUUUCUCAUCUUAGUUUCACCGGCUGAUUGGAAAGAGUAAACACGUCUGCAGUUACUUUUCCUUCUGAACAAACCUUUGAGUUCAACUCCCUGAUUCCUUCUGACUGAUCAUGUGGAGCAACAUGUGAUUCCACAGUGUUCGAGCCCAGCGUGAAGUCUGAAGGAUUCUAACAUCCUGACAGUUUUUAAACAGUAAACAUACAAAUUCCUUCAGUGAGCACAGAAUAGAUUUUCUUUUCCUUGCAGAUUAUUUCUCUUCAAAUUGUAAAUGCUUGAUAAAUAUAUUUUCAUCUCAAAUUGCUCUCUCAGGAACCAGCACAGAGGAGACACUUCACUCAACUUUUACAUAAAACAAUGUAUUGUGGCUGAUUUCUUGUGUCUUAUACUUUUUGACAGGAAAACUGUGACAGUCAGUUUAACCAUUGAAGUGCUACACAAACUUAUGAGUUCAUCCUCUUGAUACUUUAACACUAAAGUAUAACGUUGGGCUUCCUUAUGUUUUAGUUGAGUCAGUCCUGGAUGAAUUCAAAGCACUUCAGAGGUUUGGACCUCGUGUGUUGUAGCUUGUGUUUUAGCAGAGUGUGAAUAUUGAAAAGGAAAAGUGUUAUCGUGCCGGAGCUCUGACCCGAUGUUGUAAUAAUGAACAUGAAACCCGGAGCGCGGUGGAGUAGAUGAAACAAACUGUGAAACGUAGAGUUUCUGUGAUGAGCAGUGCCAGGUCGUUGUUGAACUCACUGUUCUGCAGCUGAUUGUAGAUCUGUACAGGACGUUAGAGGAGAAUGUGUCUUUUUGAUUAACAUUGUUUUUGUACGAUUUUGAUACGACUAGAAUUUAAAAAGUGAAAACUGUAGCACAUUAUUGUUCAGUGGAUGAUGUGUGUGUGUGUCUGUACAAUGCUUGUGCCAUGGGGGUUUAUGGAAUUGAGUACGGAAAGCCAGAGGUGAAAGUUUUAAUUAAGAUAAUCAUGAAAAUCUAUUUUGAUUUAAAGGAAACAAAUGAAUCCGUUAUCAGCUUAACUCUCCUCCACUCUGGCUGUGUGUGUGUCUGUGUGUGUCUGUGUGUGUGUGUAUGAGAACAAAUAACUCUUCCUGUGUUUUUCACUGAAUCUGACCAUCCCCGAAGAAUUCAUUUGGGGAUUUGCACAGUAUUUUUUCCACAUGAAAUCAAUAAAAAGUGAUU